AAAAAACAUUACCAAAAUUUCAACAACGGCUGUUUUAGGCCGUCUCAUUAUGGAUUUCUAUAAAAGUCGCAGUAGCAACAGUACCAGCAGCCAACAUAGCAACAGCAGCAGUCACAAAUCUCAUGCUUCAUCAAGCAAUAACGGUGGCUCCUACAAUUUAGAAUACUGUACAUCUUCAUCGUCGCUGUCACCUUUUGCCACAAAUACAUCAUCUAUUGGUGUGGCCUCAUGUCCAUCAUCGUCAGCCAAAACAAUUGUUAAUGUGGGCAUUGAGGAUGUGAUCCUUUCGAUUACAAACAGCAAUAGCAAAAGUAACAGUUCAACAUCACAUAUCUCAGCCUCAUCGUCUUGUUCGCCAAGAAGUUUGAUAACGGUCACAAAACUAGCAUCAUCCUCAAAUAAUAUGUGUUCUAGUCAUAAUACAGGAAAGCGAAAGCGUCGCUCGUCCACAAGUCUAGACGAUCGGGAUCCUGAAUUGGGUUUCGAACCUGCUGCCAAACGUCAACAAAGACUACCAUCCUUAUAUCAAAGUGAUGCUGGUUCGGUGGUUUCGUCUGUAUAUCCAUCACCCGUCGAUGAGACAUUGGUUAAUGAAAUUGAUACACGUAGCUCUUCGGAAUGUCUCUCAACGGCCACCGAUUUUGAGGUUACACAUGAUGAUAUACCCGAUAGCCCCAAUAGUUUACGACCAGACGAUGAUGAUGUUGAUGAUAUCAUCUCACCAAACACAUCACCUUCUAACUGUUCAACUGCCUCAACAAAAGCUACACAAAUUUACAACCCAUCGAUCACGGAUGCGGUCCAUCAUGGUGAACGUACACCAGGACAAAGAUUGUCUACCUCAAAGCCACAGCCAACAUCAACCACACAGCAACCAAAAGUUAAAUCAUUCGAUGAUUAUCUCUCAGCCCACUAUGAUUGUAUGACACCUGCAGCAGAUCCUGAACCACCACGACAAUGUCCAUUGCCGGCUCUGUCCUGGGCCAAUGCCCAAGAUGUUUGGCAGCUAAUGUGUAAAAAGGAUGAGCAAGCUUCAUGCUUACGAAACUCAUCAAUGCUGGAUCAUCAUCCUGGGUUGCAGCCACGCAUGAGGGCUAUUCUCCUCGACUGGUUGAUUGAAGUUUGCGAAGUAUAUAAACUACAUCGUGAGACAUACUAUUUGGCUGUUGAUUAUCUAGAUCGUUAUUUGAGUGCUCAGAAAAAUGUCCAGAAAACCCACCUGCAAUUGAUUGGCAUCACUUGUCUAUUUGUGGCGGCUAAAGUCGAAGAAAUUUAUCCACCAAAAAUUGGUGAAUUUGCCUAUGUCACCGACGGUGCUUGCCAGGAAUCUGACAUUUUGCAACAUGAGAUUUUGUUGUUGCAAGCUUUAGAAUGGAAUAUUAGCCCUGUAACCGCCAUUGGUUGGUUGGGCGUCUAUAUGCAAUUGAAUGUUAAUAAUCGUACACCUGCCUCGUUCCAAGCCUCUCAGAGAAAAUUAAACAAACAACGUAUACCUCCUGCCGCCUCACAUAAUAUCGAUGCCGUCAAUAGAUUAGCAACAAAAACUGGCGAAGUCGAUGAUGCAUUUAUAUAUCCACAAUUUUCGGGUAUGGAAUUUGUACAAACUGCCCAACUAUUGGAUCUGUGUUCACUGGAUGUCGGUGUGGGUAAUUUCCCAUAUUCAGUGAUUGCAGCCGCAGCUAUAUCACAUACAUUUAAUAGAGAAACUGCCGUACGUUGUUCUGGUAUGGAAUGGAAAACAAUACAACCAUGUGCAAGAUGGAUGCAACCAUUCUUUGAAGUUAUCUCCGAAGAAUCCCAUAACUUACACCUAUUGGAACAAAAUGAACAAAUCUCAACUAAAUUCGGUCUAGGACAUAUUUGUCCAAAUAUUGUCACAGAUGAAUCGCACAUUAUUCAAACUCACACAACAACAAUGACAAUGUUUGAUCGCGCUUGCCUACUUCAAGAACAAUACUUGGCCAUGGCCAGUAAAAUUAAACAGGAAGCUUCUCCCGCCACUGGUCUCAUGUACCCUGAUGGUUUACUAACACCACCAGCAUCUAGUCGGAAACCUUUAGAUUGCAUUGAUGAGGAUGAACCAAAUCAUCAUGUUCACAAUGUCAUCACAAAUGAAAGUCGGGAAACAAACAAAUGAGCAA